AUACAAGUAUCGUCCAUUUAUACACAACAAAAAAGAUGGCGUCUACUGCUGCCGCAGGCGAACAGCCAUGGUACGUCUCGCUUUUGGGACUCGCAGAACAUUUUAGAACAUCAAAUCCUCCAAAUAUCAGAUUAUGCAUUCAUUGCUUACAGUCUAUUUUCAAAUUUAAUCCUCCACCUCACAUAGAAGCUCGUACUCAUCUGCAGCUAGGAAAUAUUCUCUUGACUCACGCAAAAAACUCAGACAUCGCAAGAACUCAUUUAGAACAAGCGUGGACGAUUUCAUCAACAAUUCCUCAUAUAGACGAUGUUCGAUUUGAAUCAGCUAGUGUACUUGCCCAAUUUUAUACAGAAAAACAGAACAUGUCUCACAAUGCAAAACCAAUACUACUCAAAGGUAUUGAUUUGUCUCAGCAAUCACCAUACUGGCAUUGCCGUUUGUUAUUUCAGCUUGCACAACUUCACACAGCAGAAAAAGAUUGGGUAGCAGCUAUGAACAUAAUGGGGAUAGGUGCUGAUUAUGCUCUUAAUGUCAGAUCGGAGUAUACUCGACUCCUGUUUAUGUUGAGCAGAGGCAUGAUUGGACUAAUAAGUAAAAAUAUACCAUGUGUGAAUGAUGCAAUGACCCAAGCUGGUCAGUUAAUAGAAUCCUUCUCAGGCAGCCCUCUACACAAAGAAUAUUUGAAGGUGUUUUUCUUAGUACUUCAAGUUUGUCAUUAUUUGAUGGCUGGACAGGUUAAAAGUGUGAAGCCAGUUUUGAAACUUUCUUAG